UGUGGAUAUUUAUUAGACAGUGGAGUGUUACAGAGUCCCAGAGUCAGACCUCGAAGGCAUGUCACUGAUUUGGCGACUGCAAGCGCCAGAAUCAGCGACGCACUGCCGUGAUGUGGAAGGUCUAGCACGAACCCCCGGUUGUGACUCGCCGGGGGCCUGGUGGACCAUGGGAGAGGGAUCCACUAUCUCUUCCCCGUGCCAUGAAAUUAGUUGUUGUAACUAAUUUAAUUGAGUUUGGCCACUUUUUUUCUUUUUUCUUUUUUUCUUAUUGAUUUAAAAAUAUAAAAAAAAUUCUUAGUGCGUCAUUAUUACGGAGCCGCCC